AUGCUGCUGCUCCCAUCCGUGGAGCACAUGUGGAAACUGUGGCAGUCAGUUCUGCGUAAACUCAAUGAAAUGCCGCCGAGCUCGGCAACGACCAGGAUCGUGGCAGAGAGGCAACAACUUGACAUGUUCCAGCCCCGUACUGUCAUGGAUCUCCGAUCAUACAUCGUCUCCUUGACUCCCUCCCGCGAUUGGGUCCCACACAUUCCGUACUCACAACCAGAUGGCCAACUUCUCUAUUUGUCCGACGUGGCAUCAGAAAUCAAACAUGGCAUGACUCCUCCCACAGCCCAGGUCUGUGGUUCGCCGGACAAUGGCAUUGAAAAGGGUCCUGGUACCAGUGGGACUGAGGAAGCCUUCGAGAAUGUCGGAAUCUGA